AUGACCAGCGAGAUUAUGCUGCCCCUGCAGCUGUCGACAGGUCCGCCGCUAUCAGUCCGCAAGCCCAAGCAGAUCAGUGACAAACGACGUGACAAGAAACGAGUCGCCGACCGACACUGUCAGCGCCAGGCCCGAGCUCGCACAAAGAACAAAAUCGCCGAGUUAGAGUCUCUGGUAGCACAUCUGACGAGCCAGUCCGGCAAUGAAAUCUGCAGAGAGCUGAGGGAGCAGCUCGAGAGCGCGCGGACUGAAUGUCGGUCACUCAAACGCAAACUCGCGACGAUAUAUUCCCUAGCUCAGAUCAACCUGGAGGAAGAGUCGGAUGAACGUCACGACGUGGAGGGGAAGGAACGCGCCGACUCCUCCCCAUCUUUUACACUGUUCAACCAGCCUAGAUCACCUCCGGUGGCCGUGGACGACCUCCAGGUAGAAUCCAGCAACGACGCUGGGCGUCAAUCGCGUGGACCUGCGUGCAACGUCCACGGUGAGGCUGAAUUCGGCUUUGCCCUCGAUGAUAGCCUCAAUUUAAACUUUCCGGAUGCCAUGUUCGAUGAGCAAACUUUCAAUCCGAUGGGGUUAGGGCCAACACCACUUGAGAUGGAUGGAAUGUCCGGCCCCCACAGCUGUAACACAAUCACCACGACCGCGACCGCGACCACUUCGAUGCCUCUUUCGUUUCCCGAAAGUGGGUCCUCGUGCACGUGCUCACACCAUACUCAUCCACACAAGCAGUCAAACAUGUGGGCGUUUGUGAGCGAGACGUUGAUGGAUUGGAAGACGCACAACUGGCCUAAGCUUCAGAAUGAAGACACUACUGCCGACGAUAUCGCCGUGCGCGCUGUUAUCGAAGGCUGGACUGAACCUAGCCUGGUCAAUUUGACUGCUUCGUGGCGCAUUUUACGGGAAGUCGACGAGAAAGUAUGGGCCAACUCCCGCGACGUCGAUCGCCUGGCCGUCCUCUGCAUUAUGCAUUUACUGCUCCAGUGCCACCUCAAUCCUUCAGAGAAAAAUCAGUCCAACCUACCUGCGUGGUAUAGGCCAAGACCGUCGCAAGUGGCUCAGAAACAUGCAUAUGCCAUCGACUUCUUCGUUUGGCCGGGAAUUCGUGAGCGAUUUGUCUAUCACUACCACAAAUACUGUUCGAACAGGUUCUGGGCACUCUUGGCUCAACACUUCCGCUUCGUGUGGCCGUACGAUCUCCGCGACUGUUAUGUACACAAUCGAUCGACGAAUAGAUAUCAAUUGUCAGACUUAUUCCGGCGUCAUCUCAACGACCUCACGUCCUUCACCUUUGACAAAGACAUGUUUGGCAACUACCCGGAAUUCGACUGCGACAUACCAAAGUACAUGAAAAUUCCGACAAGUCUGACUUUGAAGCAGCUGGGCAACGAACCACACAGGCGGAGGUACAAUGAGAUACCAGGGAACCAGAAACUGAUAGGAUUUGCUCCUAUGCCUGCCACUAGCCCUCCAGGGCAGUGGUUUGUACCCCCCGACGAUAUGACGAAAAGUGUUGGCUCCGUAUUGUGGGGCCAGCCGCUGCAGAUGAAUCAAUUUCUAUAG